UUGAAAGCGUGUUGGGUGCCGGAUGCCGCUGCGUUAAUCCGCAUUUUAUUUUCAAAAAUAUUUUGUUUUUGUGUCCACAAUGGGUUCAUUCCGGUUCGGUUUUGUUUAAGUUGUUUUUUAUUUUUUUAAAUUGGGUUUAUUUAAGUGAGUUGCCAUGCCUCAACCCACCACCAUUGACGUGCCUCAAUCACAGCACUGUUUGGCCAGGGCCCUUUACGAUAACAUUCCAGAUGCCCCCGAUGAAUUGGCGUUUCAGAAGGGCGACACCCUGGUUGUAUUGGAGCAGAAUACUGCCAAUAUUGAGGGAUGGUGGUUGUGCUCUUUGAGAGGCAGACAGGGUAUUUGUCCUGCCAACAGACUGAGAUUGAUCCCAGGAGUUUUUGACAGCUCCCGGGUAUGUUCACCUCAAUUUUUUGACGGCCACGGCGAGUUGACCUAUUUACAGAAGCAAGGGAAAAGGCGCAGUUGGCAGAACCAACCAAAUCAGGUAAUCACCCCGAAAAAAUUCAACGACGUCUACCUGUAUGACAUGCCACCGUCCCGCCUCUCACCCAUUCCAGUUCCCGGUCACAGCCCACGUGACUUCUCCAGCAACAACGACUGCGCCAGCUACGACGUGCCACCCCGCGCCAUCCCCGUCAACAACCUGAACUUCCAGAACUGCCCUCGAUGCUCCCCCGCCCCCUCGUGCGUCUCCCCGAUAAGUCGAGAAUCGGGCGAGGCCUACGACAUCCCCCGCAGUCACCAAACGGGACCCUUGACCCCCUCGAGCUCCGCUAGCUCCUUAACCGCCGACUCAUUCAGCUCCUCUAACAGGAGCAGUCUGGUCAAUAUGCCCGAUUACGAUGUUCCUAGAUCGGUGAGGGUUCUGGUGCCGCCCUCACACGGCACUUACGAUGUUCCUCCCUCGCACCAGCAGCAACUCAAAGAACUUCCAUUAGAACUGAACUCGGCGCUGGAGAGUUUAGAGAAGCUGGAGAGUGAUUUGUUGAGCGCGACCUCGCGGCUGCUGGGUUUCGUCGGUCCUUGUUGGAGAACAAGGGAGAGACUGGAACAGACGAGGAUGGAGAUCAAACUGGCUGUGACCAGAUUGAGAACGUCGUUGCAUGACUUGGCGGAGUUCGGCGAGGGUUCUCUGGGGAAUGCUGCCAAGGCGUCCGAUAAGAACCUGGUGGUCAAGCUGGCUCCCCUGGUUUCGGCUUUAAGGAAGUCGGAUAAUUUGGUGCAGAGCGCGUGCGAGGCGUUGGAGAGGCACAGUUGGGCGAUCAGUUUGCUCUCCAGGUGCGACACGGAGGAGAAACAGAAACCGGACGAGCUGGAGCAGCUGGUGGCGUGUGCGAGGGCUCUCACGGAGGACGUGAGGCAAAUCGCUUCGUUUAUUCAGGGCAACGGGACUUUGUUAUUUAAGAAGGAGAUUUCCAGCUCGGAGGCGUGGCACCAAGAGGACUAUGAUUAUGUCAGCUUGGAGUCCAAAGACAAUAUUGCUAAGCAGCAUGCGCAGAUUUUGAACGAAUUGCCGGAAAAGCUAAAAAAAGGUUAUGAUAACUGCGUGAAACACGCGGACGACGUGGCCUUCGAUUCCGUCUACAAGGGCCUACCCCACGACGACAAGCAGCUCCUCCAGUUCUUUGCUGCGCAGAUCGUCACGCAUCACACGAACCUCACGCAGUCCAUUGACGCCUUCCUGCAGACCGUCGAGCACAACCAGCCGCCGCGCAUCUUCCUUGCGCAUGGUAAGUUUGUCGUCUUGAGCGCCCACAAGUUGGUCCACAUUGGAGACACCGUGCACCGCAACAUUUCCAACAAAGAGAUCAAAGAGCGGGCGCUGAGUUGCGCCAACGCCCUCUCGGACGCCCUGGCCUCUAGCGUCAAUAAGACGAAACAGGCGGCGUUGCAGUUCCCGUUGGUCAGUGCCGUACAAGAAAUGGUGGAUUCGAUCGUGGAUAUUUCGCAUUUGGCGCGGGAUUUAAAGGUUUGUCUUGUGCAGGCCGCGCAUCCUUUGUUGUAAGUUGGUUUUUUACUUUUUUAUUGGGAGUCACAGAAAUGGCUGGUGAGGUAUGAUAAAUGCCUCAAUUUUAGAAAAACGAAUGUCGCAGCUUAGUAAGCUGAAAAAUAAAUUGAGUUUCUGAAAAUUAUUUAAAAAUUCGCCAUUUCCUACGCUGCGCAGCCAAACAGACUUAAACGGUUCAAGCCUCGACGUACGUUCUUUAAAGUGGUUUUUGCGGUAUUAAGCUUUGACAUACGGUUUUUUGUUGUUGUUGAAUGCAAGGCAUCAAACUCUAAUUGUGAUAAUUGAAAAAGAGUAUACCCUUGAUGGGUUGGUUUGAAUAGUUUUCAAAUUUGUAGGCAAGUUUCCUAAUCAUAAGAUCAAGUUAUUGAUUCUAAGAUAUUUAAAAGAGUAUUGUUUUAGAAGUGCUGUAAGAAGUCAAAAAGUUUAAAAAAAGAGCUCCUAUCUCAUUGAUUUGUGUCUGAUAUUUCCAACUGAAGUUUUUAGCUGUUUUAUAAUUCGAAAAUGUGAUUUUUUCAUUGGGUUUGUUGGAUAAAAGUGACUCAACAAGUACCUAUAAGAAAAGUAUAAUAAAAAAAGUAACGUAAAAAAUUAUGGCAGUUCUUUUCUACAAAUUUUUUAUUCUAAUUCCAAAUAUUUCCGGAUACAGUCGAAAAAAAAUAAAUUCAAAAAUGUCUGUGGCUAUUUAAAGCCGUAGAACAACAUAAAUGACACUUUACAUGAAAGUAAUUUCAAAUUAAUGAUAAAAGACGUCAUUUCAUCAAUUUUAAAUCACCAUCAUAUAGGGCGACCAAAGUGGCUAUAAAAAGCGUCACUUAUUUUACUCGGCGGCUUUCAACAAUACCUUAAAAUAAAAUUAAAAAAAUAUAAAAAUUGAAUUUUUAUGUUUUUUCUUAAAUUUCUCCGGAAAUAUUCGAUCUUAAAAUAUUUACGCCUCUUUUACGGUUUCCCAGACCCCAGUGCUUAGCGUCCAAUUUGGAACACCCUGUACAUGACUGGUUUUUAAUUUUUUGGAAAUUGCUGAUAUAAAAAAUUAGAUUUUACCAAAAUAUUAGCUGGACAGAAAUAGCUAAAACACCCACCCUAAGGAUUUCUUUUUUUUUUGGAAAUUUGAAAUUAUGAAAUCUGGUGAUGAUAUAAAAAAUCUAGUGAUUUUAUCAGUGUGUUACUUGGACACAGGUAGCUAAAAAAGAGUACCUACUCGAUGGAUUUAUUUCAUGAAAAAAUGUUUAUCGUACUAUUGGCCUCGUUGGGCCAAAGUAGCUGAAAACGAGUGCCCAUUCGAACAAUUCAUUUUGAUUUUUCUUGGAAAAUUUUAAAUUUUAAGAAAACAAGUGAUUAAACGCAAAAUUCUAUUUUCAGUCUUAAUUGGAUACAAGUUAGCUGAAAAAGAGUACCCGUUCGAUAAACCUAUUUCAAUUUUAACUAAGUGAAAAUUUUAAGAGAUUUACUCAAAAUUCCAAGAACAGACUAUUAAAUUAGACAGACAAAAUUUAUAUUAAAAAAUGUAUUUUACGACAACUAACAUGAAAUCCUGUUUUUCUUAUCUUGUCGUCCUGGCAGACACGUUUUAGGCCCAGAAAAUCUUCUGCGUCACCUUUUUGAAAAUUAUUGACACUUUUCAGGAGUUUUACAGUAUAAAUACCAACUAAAUUGUUACAUAACACGAAUACGUUGAAAUGUAAAAAAAAAUACAAUAAUGUGAAUUUUUAGUUUGAAAUAAUUGAUUACUCUGGAUGUAUUUUUAAAAUCAAUCUCACCCGUGGAGGCAGUAGUGAAGGAUUGUAUUAAUGUAGGAAAAUGUAGGAAAAAAACCAUAGUGAUAAGAUUUGUUAAAUCCUCCCAAGAGGUUUGAACAUUUUUUUUUGGGAUUUUUUUGGAUGUCAUAUAAUGAUCCUGGAGGAUGGAUAUACAGUGAUCGUUCAAAAAAAUCCUAAAAAAAAUGUUCAAAUCUUUCGAGAUGUUAAAAAAACUCUUCAAUAUGGUAUUUGCCCUAUAUUAGUACACUCCUUCAGUAGUGUCCGCCACGGACGAGAUUGAUCUUAAAAAUACAGUUGCCAAUUAUUGUGAACUAAAAUUAUUUUUUUUACAUUUUAAUGUGUUCCCUCGUGAAAUAGUUUUGUUGGUAUUUCUAAGAUUUUCUAAGUAGAACAAUCUUGCAAUUCACAUUCUUUGAAAUAGUACAAAUCUUGCUCACUUAAAAUUAUAAAAAGUUCCUUCAGUGAAAUUUAUUGUAGAGACAAUAAGUAGAGACAACUGGAAAUAUUAAGCAAGAUACUCCAAGGAAAAAAGUAAAAUCUAUAUCGUCACAAAUUCAUAAUUAGUUACAUAUUUUUUUGAAUAUUACGUCCCUUUUGCAAUAAAUAUUAAUUUAGAAAAUAAUCUCAUACGCUCACUGUUCCGAACAUCUUAUCUCAGCGUUUGGUGGGGGUCAGGAAUAUGAUCCAUGCGAACAAGGUCCAACUAAAUGGCGGAAAAUUAUACUUAUCGAUGCUUGAAUCUCAUUCAAGCAGAAUAUCUACUGCGGUGAUCGUUUUAGUAAUCUUCUAACACCUUGCAGAUGUAGAGGUAACCUUGUGUAUCCGAAGUGUCUGGAACAGUGACUGAAAAAAUCUAACCACAACCCUGAUGAGUUCUGUCAGCAUCACUAUAGAAUCAUAGCAGAGCCAAAGUACAAUAUUUCAUUGUCGUUUUUGGUCUUUCUACGUCAUCCACGAUCCCAUUUAAAGAAAAUACUUUGGAUUUGAUGUCGUUUAGCGUCUUCACUUCUUCAGCAAUGACCUCAACUAUAUCAACUAUAUGUGAAGCACUAGUAAAAUAAUAUUGUGACUGGGAUCAUUAUUAUUAAUAAUCAUUAUGGUUUUAUCUAGUGAUUUUAUUUAUUUUUCUUGGCUCAUAAUGCCAAUGCAGAAGCAUGCCAUCGAUGCAUGGAGGAAAUGGUGUAAUUCUAGUUCGCAAAUCAGGGUUGCUUUGUCGAAGAUCAAGAUGAAGAAAAAGUCUAUGAAGAAAGAAGACAGAAGUCAUAUACCUAAUUUCCUGUAGAAAUGUAGAUUAACAUCGAUAAUUAAAAAAGCGUAUACGAUAGUAUUUUCUAUAUUUAUUGAAAAAUUGACUUAAUAACCAACAAAGUAGGAAACUGAUCAUUAUUUGUGUUAAAAUAUGUCUGCUUAGAGAUAUAUGUUGGGCUUAUCUUCUAUUCUUAAUUAUUUAUUUAGUCAAAAAAAAACUAGUACAAGUUUUUAUAAAUAAAUAAUUUAAUACAAAAUACCUAUAUACACUUAAUAACAAUGUUGUCACCUAUAACCUAUACAAUUACCACAAACUUAUGUAUAUUAUUCAAAAAUAAGACACAAAUUAGACAAACCGACAUGAAAAAUUGUUUAAAACUAAGUGGUUUUUUACUUAAUUUACAAUCAAAUGAUUUUUUCAUCUCUCUUUUUAAAAAAUUUUACAUUUUCUAUUGGCAUCAUAUUGUAUUUGUUUAGAGCAUUAAAAAAUAUAGAAUUUUGAGCGUGUUCUUGGGCAACUCUUAGUGUAUAAAAAUGAUUUUUUGAUCGCGUGUCAUGAUCAUGUAUUUCAACAGAGAAUAUGAUUUCAGUCAACAAAUACUGUGGAGCAUUGCCAAUUUUAAUCCUGUGGACAAAUGUCAGCGUAUUGAGCAGAAUUUACAACCAUUCUAAAGCCUGUAAUAUGUCUUUUAUUGGAGUUAAUCUUGGUUUAUCUAAUUGGGACUACUAAUUUUGAUUAAUAGAAAUAAUUGGACUAGCUGAAUACCAAAUUCCACAGAAAUUAUUGACACUUCUCUUGUAAAAAGGUGGAAAUUUAACAGCUCUAAUCCGAUUUAAAAUCUGAGAUACUUUAAGAAGUAUUGUUUCGAGUGAGGAAAUGAGAAUUUAAUUUAAGAUUAUUUAAUUGACAGCACUGUUUCAAAUCGAGUAUCUCACAGUUUUGAAUCGAAGUUACGCGUCUAAAUAGCUUGAGAUCAAAUCGAGUAAAUAAUUCGAUCCAUGGGUAAUUCAGAAUAGGAAAGACCAGAAUACCGUUGAAAUAAUGAAAAACUAUUUAAGUUACUUUAAUUUCUCAAGAAAGUGAAGUUAUAAGAAGCAGCAAGUAUAUCCGAUUCGGAUCACGACUUGAGUACACUACCUAAGUAGUGCCAAGAUACUCACUAAAAUUCAAUUCACAAUGCUUAAAUGAAAUUAAAAAUAAUCAAUUUAAAUGAAAAAAAUACCUUGGAGACUUCAGAACUUUCAGUAACAAAAACAACGACAACAACAGUAAUAAAACACGACUAUACUGAUGACAAAAUUACGGAAACUUCAGCUGAGUCUGAAUAGGAACAACUGGCCAAAAGAAAAUACUUGGAAUGAAUUUUGAAAUUAAACUAUGCCGCUAAGUGGCAUAUCCACAAUGUCGGUUCUGCACAACAGAAUUUGAUAAAGUUGGUUUUAUUUAAGGAGAGAAGGUUUGGUAGUUAAAAGGAAAUAAUCGCUCCGUUGCAUUGAUCCUCGCUAGAAGGCCUUAUUUAAUGCCAAUGAUUCUUUAGAAAUUUAAACAGCAUUUAUGCAUCAUCAAAAAAUAUAAAGAUUCAAAACGAUAUAUCUUCAUUAGCAAUCAAGCAGGCUGUGGAAAAUGAAAAAACAAGUUUACAGUUACUCAAAACUACUUCUUAUAAGUUGUUUUGAAAAAAAGGGAGGUUGUUUAAGUUACUCCCUCUAGCAGUGAUCGCUAAAACAAUGUAACCCAGUGAUUGUUUUUUUAACUAAUAAACCUUCUAAUUUUAAUUAAGACCAAGUUUUUCCCUGCCUUAAUUUUACAUCAAAAAGUGUUACACCAAAAAGGUGUCACUUUUAUCAACCGUUUUUUUUUCCGAUUUAUGGUAUCUAACAAAGAAACCCCCUAUGCAAACAUUAAUAUACAAAUACAUUUUACUAAUAUAUAGAAGAUUAAAGUUCUACAGUAAAUGAAUAAUAUAACCGGAAAAAAAUAGAUUUAAUGCUCAAGGAAAGUCGCGUAUGGCAAAUUUAAGCGAUAAAAUCAGAGGAUAGAAAAUCCUUCCGUCUCAUUGCACCAAAAAAGCAAAUUUUGUAAAUGGUGUUGAGCUAAUCCCGCUACACCUUUCGCGCAUUAAACAGUAAAUACAGUCAUAUUAUAAUAUAAUUAAAGUCUUAUAGAGCCAAAUCAUGAUCUUAUACUGAAAGUCAACUCUGAAAAUUUAAUUUUCAAUAAUCAAAUUUAAAAAAAAAUGUUUAUCUGUUUCUGGCUGAAAUGGCUAAAUUUCACCAUUUUUGAGAAAAAACUAUUUACCUAGUCAGCGAGCCAUAAAUAUGUUAAAUUAAAAUUAAUGUUGUCACUAGAAAAAAGUUGCAUUAACCAUUUUUCUUAAAUACGUGAUUUACAGGAUCAAGUUUGAACCACCCUGUACAUAUUAAAGACGUAUUUUACAGAAAUGUGUAAUUAAGGUUUUAAACUUCUUUUUUUACGUUAGACUCGCGAAUACCUAACUUUCCUAAGUCGUUUCCCAAAAUAAUUACCUAUUAUAUAAAAUUAAUUUGAAACAUUGGCACCCUAACUAAAUUCCAUUAUUUUGAUAUAACGAAUCUAAUAGAUCCUUUCGUUUUUGAGAUAUCUUUGCUAUAUUAUGAUUUUUCCCAAAAAAAUACUCAGAAAUAGCUAAAAUUCAAUAUGAAAUUUGCACCUUUUUUUUUUCCUGCUUAUUCAGAUAAUAGCUUUAUAUGCCAUUUAGAUACCCAAUCAACUAUGAGUGGGGUAGCUAUGGGAUAAUACUUAAAAAACUUUAUAUAAAAUCAGUGUGUAAGUAGAAAGAAAUUCGAACUCAGCUCAUGAAAACUGCAUCUUACACAAACUCACAUAAUAAUUCUAAAUACGUAAUUUGAACGUGAUAAAAAUGCUUUUGAAAUUGUCAAAAAAAAAUAAAAUUCAUAUAUGAAGAAGUUUUACCAAAUAACCCUAAUACUAUAUUCAACUGGUUAAACCUGAAAAUUCCUAGUCCAUAAAAGUGCAUUUUAUUAGUCUACCUGACUGCUGCUGACAUACAAGAACCUUAAAAAGUUAGACAUGAAACACCCCGAUGAAGAGCGAUUUGGGAAGAUCCAUUCAUUCCGAAGAGUUAAUGGAGAAGAAUCAAGAUCUUACAAGAGCAGGAUUGGGCCAGUAAAAAAGCUUGGUCGAAAAGAAUAAAAAACUUUUGAAAACCUAAGAGAACUAGAAAACUUAAUAUUUUUAAGAAAACCUUAAAAAUAAAUAAAAUUUCCAAAAACCUAUUCAUUCAUAGCCCUUAUUAACUCUUAAUUCCAAUUUGAAAAAAGAUAAAAUGACUUAAAAUGAAACACUCGCAACAAAAAUUGAGGUUAGAAUUCCAACCAUAGAGCCGAAACAAUCCUACUUUGACACAAGGCAGCACAAAGCAUUUUUAAAUACGCCCAAAAAAAAUGAAAAUCAAGAAGCAUAUGUCAUAUUCGUAGCCCUUAAUUACCACGUUAUUUCAAUUCAAGAAAACACAAAGCAAUUGAACAUGAAACACUCACGACAAAAUUUUUAGGUUAAACUGAAAUUAGAUUAGUUAGACAAAAGUUGAGGUUGGACUACCUGCUAUGGAGGCGGCACAAUCGUACUUUGACAGUUAACACAUAACAGCCAGUACAAAUCUAAAAUAGAGUUAAAUUAAAGAGAACCCAAGGGAACUUGGUAGUUUUCUUUUACCACUAAACUUAAAUGAAGCCUUUAAUGUUACUCUAGUAAUUUUAAAUAAAUAUUGAAGUAAUAUUAAGAUGCAUCGUUUAGCAACAUACUUUUAGUCAAAAAGUACAGUUAAUAUUUAUAUAUAUAUAUAUACAUAAGUAUGUAAUAGAUUUUAAAAAAACACGUACAGGAAAUACAAAAUCAUAAAAUUGUUUCAUUAUCACAUGUAUAAUCAUUAAAUUUAUUUCAACAAGUGGGUAAACGACAAUGUAUUCAAUUGCCUAAUUUAUAAUAGACUAAUUUUACAAGAAUACUGCGACAUUUUGAUUUCACAAAUAAAAUAUAGAUUCCAAGUUACAUGAUACUUAGAUGUGUUUCAAAGCUACGAAAAAACUUUUCCAAAAGUCAUUUUUGAUGAUUAGUCAAUUAGCGAAGUAUGUUGUUCUGAAACCUACAAAAUUUUUGAAAUUGUUUGUUCUACAGCUCCAAUAAUAAUUUGUGAGUGUAAAAGAUAUUUUUGAAUUCUAGAAAAAAUUAGGUGUUUUUUAAGAAGUACGACGGCUCAAAAUAAACUUAAUGCGCUUAUUAUGCUUUGAAUAGAAAAAAACUUGUACAGAAUAUUUUAAAUUCUGGCAAGUGAUUGAAGUAUUUUUUCUAAAAGAAUAGAUUUUAAAUUCUCAUAAAAACAUUCUCACAUAAAUAAGCAAUCUGUUUUUGUAGAUUUAUACUUUUGUUCUUUAAAUACUUUAUUUUAUUAACAUUUGUUUUCCAUUGGAAAAAUAUAAUGAGAGCGUUUAGACUGAUGAAUUCUAUACAGGGCAAAGCCAGAAUUUUUAAGAAGACUCGAUGCUCCAAAAAUAUUUUUUUUAAUGACUUUCGGUCAACAAUUUGGACCUAGUUUUUUAUCAUCCGACGGAUUACAAGUAAGGAGCAACGUUUAACUCAAUUUCUCCUCGUCAAUCAUAUUAGUACUUCUGUAGAAAUGUUUGGAUAUACGCUAAUUACUGGAAAACCUCCAAUGUUUUUUUAAAUUUUGUCAAUAAUCAACCAAUCUGGAAAAUAGUGAGUUAAAAAACUAUAUUAUAUUAAAAAAUUUAACUGUCACAAAAAAAGUGAGGUUAGAACAAUGUGUAUUUCACGUAGUUACAUUUUCUACUAUGGAGGCGCAACAAUCGCACUUUGACAGUUGACAACUAAGACAAUAUAAGAUGCCAGCAGCUUUAAAUAUGGUGAAGGAAAACCCUAGUGGCUUUCUUGGUAGAAGAGUAUAUAAAACUUACUUUUGGCAAAGGAAAUCUUAGGUUUGUUUCUUCUGGAAGUAAAUAUAUUCUAAAACCAUUAUAUUUUUCCGUAAAACUAUCAAUUUUUAAUAAUAAAAUCGUCCAGGUGUAUUGAAAUUAUUUGAAAACAAGCAAAAACUUUUUGGUCAACUACCAUCGAAAUCCCUGGAUACAUUUUCAAGAAUACAUUAAAAAAAUAUGUUAUUUAAUUAAAAAAUUACAUUAUGCACUCAAUAUGUAUAUUAAUAAAUAAAAUUUACCUAAUUAAAAAAAAAAGAAAAAUUAAAGUUGGGAAAGCAUUAAUGAUUUACAAAAUAUGGAACUUAAUUUUAAAUUCUAAGAUAUCAAUGAUAUGGAAAUAAUUAUUAAUAAAUAAGUAAAUAUUUGUACUCAUAAUUUUUUAACAGUUUGAAAUCAAAUGUUUUUAGUUUACAACACUUCCUACCUACUAAUCACUAAUCUACGGAUAUUAAGCCACUUAUAACUGCAAAUAUUUUUACUUAAUGUGUUGGCAUUACUUGGCAAUAAUUAAAGUACAAUUCCCUUCGCUUCCCGAGUGAGUUUUAAAUGUUUUGGUUCAAUUCUUGCUCAAUUCUUAAAAAUAAAAUAUGUAAGCCAAGAUAUAAAAAUGUACAACAAAAGUAACAGUGCCGAACAGUGAAAUUAAUAACCAAAGUCAUGUGCCAGCCCAAGAGGUAGAGAUGGAAAUUUAUUCACCUGCUACAUAGCAGAUGAUCAGACAAAACUAAAUAACUGAGAUAAGAAGAAUUUAUCUUUGGUAGGGCUUCAUACUCGCGUAGUACAUCCUGAAUCAAAACUAGAAACUAGUCCAAGAAGCAGAGCUCAUCAGCAUGAGAGGGGCAAAGGCUAAAACCAACUAAAAAUAUAAAAACUGUCUCAACAAGAGUCUCAACUUUUAAUAUUCAAAUUUGAAAUUUGUAACGGCCGUACAAAUUUUCGUUUGAAUAACGCAUAUAAAAUUUAAACUAGCGAAACGAGCGAAUUACUCAUAAAAAUCGAAUGACAAUUCACUCAAGCAGAAAUAAAAUUGAAAAAAUCAAGUAAAUUGUGAUUUUUUUGACGCAUAAUGUCUCUUCCCUAAACAGAAGCUUUAACAUCACGGCAUAUUCAGAACCCAGAGUGACGCUAUCAAGAAACACAUAGAUCGGACAAAACCAAGACAAUCGUGUCAUGGCUCUAAAUCCAUGAAGCUUACGAAGUGACAUAGUCAAAGGCCUUAGAUACAUCGCAAAAAAACCGACGACCACACUUGCUUAGUUAGAACCAAAGAACCUAGAUGUCUUCACGAAAUAAUAUAAUAAUAGUUUCCAGGAAAGAUGAAGAAAAGCAGAAGGUUUAGAGUCCACAAUAAAAGCGAACAGAGGUCGGAGAAAACCAUGGUAUGGCACGAUGGCUCUAAAUUCAUGAAGCUUACGAAGUAAUACACUCAAAAGUCUUAGAUAAUAAUAAAUAAAAGUCUAAGAUAAUAAAAUCUUACCUAACAAUAUUUUUCUCGAAUCACUGUUACUCAAAACAGAAUUUUUUCUAAAGCACUAUUUUUCACAUGAACUUUUAAAAAUCUGGGGAAUCAAUAGAAAUAGACGUUUUUUCUUUAAAUGUAAGAAAAUACUUUUUCUGGGCAGUUGAAGUCAUUUAUUUGAUUACUUGGAAAAAAGUGAUCUCAAUUGCUUGGAAAAGAUUUCAUUGUCCGUUCAUUGAAUUCAAUAUUGAUUUUCUAGAAAUUGCUGAAUCAUAUUUAUCUUCCAAGCCGUUGAAAUUUGAAGAAAUCUCAUGUAUUAUGUUAUUGCCUUCUUUGACAUUGAUAUUAAAUGGAGCAAUUUCCAAACUAGCUGAACUUUAAAAAUUCUUUUUUUUUUUGAAAUGUUUAAGUUGAAAUAAGUUUUCGAUAACUUUUAUAUAACUUACACUGUCUGGAAGAAAAUAUUAUAUUUUUUAUUACUAAUAUCUUCAGGAAUCCAGACAUAUUCGUUUUACAUAAAUUUUCAAAUAUUUAAAAAAAUUAAUUCUUUCAGGUAGAUAAAGUUUAGAAAAACUAAAAAUUUUCCAAGAAAUCUAUUAAAAGCUAGUCUGCCUGAAAAUAUUCUCUUCUUUAAUUAACAUCUUCAGGAAUCGGAAUAAAAUUCGUUUUACAAAAUUUACUAAAUAAUUACAAAAUUUAAUUUUUCUAGUUGUUGGAGUUAAAAUUGUCCAAGAUAUCACAUGAAAAAAUUACUUCAGUCUCUAAAAGAUAUAAAUUUCGUGUCUAACAUUUACAUAACUUCAACUGCCUGCAAGAAAUAUAUUCAUUAAUGUUGAUUAAAAAAUUAUUAGUAACAUAAUUUUUUCAGCUAGUUGAAGUUUGGAAAUCUUGAAAAUUUUCCAAGAAAUCAAAUGAAAAAGUUACUUAAACUGCCUUCUUUUCUCUCAUUAAAAUAAUAUUAUAAAUGUUAUUCUCCAGGCAGUUAAAGUUUGGAAAAAUUGAAAAUUGUCCAAUAAAUCAAAUGUUAAUUUAUUAAAAUUAAUUUUAAAAAAUUAAUUUUGCACUAAAGAAUGUAAACUGUUGGAAGAAAUUCCACUGCGUGGAAGAAAAUAUUUUCUUGUUUGGUUAACAUCUUCAGCAAUCCAAAAAAAUCAUUGACACAAAUUUCCAGAUAAUUAAGAAACUCAAUUCUUGCUUCCAGGCAGUUGAGGUUUGUAAAAACUUAAAAAUAAUAAACAUCAAAAAUGAGGUUAAGGACGCAGAUCCAAAACAGUUUUGUUUUCUGUUAAUGUCACAUUAUGACAGUUGACACUUGACAAAUGUCAAAACGGAAAAGUGAGGUUAGGUACCAGCUCUAAAAUAUACAAUAUCCGUUACUUGAAAAUAUGUGCAAUAAUAUAAGGUACCACUUAAGGUUGAAAACAUUUUUUUUGUCGUAGGGACGCAUCACAAGCACUUUGACAAAUGGGAAUUGGUCCAUGCCUUUAAUAUUUGGAAUAUUUAUUAAAUAUGGUAUUUCACUUAAGUUAUGCCAAAUGCAAUUCGGACUAUUAAUCUUGACCUACAAAACCGUAAAAAAAAAUAAUCGAAAUUUAGGGACCUGACUUGUAGUUCAUUUUCUGGCACACCAAUCGUCUGUAAAUAAAUCAUUAUCUUAUUUAUGAUAGGAAUGAGCCCGCCAUUAGCCCUAAAAUUAAUAGUAAUGUAUACUCACCAAUCUUUUCUGUGACUCCUAAGUUUGUACAUUUCUGUUAAAAAAAAUUUCAUACUUUUAUACUACGAGGCUAAACGAAAAACCCGUUGCACUUUCCAUGCCCCCUCAUAGUUUAAAUUGUACAAAAAAAAUAUAUGGCCAUAAUUGUUUUACAGAUUAUAAUAAGAAAACAAAAAUUGUUCCGGGGGUAUGGUAAGUGGCGUUUAUUAUUAUUAUUAUUGUAAGUAAUUGUUUCGCCAAUUUGGAGUAUUUAGACUGAAAGACACAAAAACCGAUUUGUACAUAAAAAUGUACAAUUUUAGCGCAACAAAACACACUUUAUUUUAUCGGCGUUUUUGUAUAUAUAGUUUUAUUUUGUGUUAUUUUAUUUUAUUUUUUAUUAAUUGUUUAAGUAAUAAAUCGUAUUAAUUUUUAUUUA